GGCCAAAGAUAAGGAUUUUUCAUAAAUGCUUCAACAUCUAUACCUUCCAAAAGUUUGCAGAUUGGAACUGAUUCAAUUCAUCCCUUUAUCUCUAUCUCUUGCUUUUUCAAUGAAUUACAUAUAUGUGAUGAUGCGUAGAUGAGCACCACUUGUUCUGUCAUCAGCAGUGAAGAUGGAUGCAGAAGUACUGAGGAGUUCAGGAAAUACGGAGAUGGGAGGGACCAAGACCGGUAAGGAUUCUUGCGAUGAGCGUGCUGAGGUAGGGGGAGAGGACGGUGAUGCGAGGACCGGGAGGGGUGGUGGGGAGAGGGAAGGAAAGACAGCGUCGGGAGGUGAACGUUUGGUUGAUGUUAAGGGUGGUGGAUUGGUAGAUGGUGGUUUGUUCAGGGGGUUGGAGCUUGUUGCACUUGGUUGUGAUUGCAAGGGGGAGCUAGGUUUUACGCACCGGCGCUGUGCUGAGGCCUGGUUCAGCCAGAAGGGAGAUAGCAGAGAGUGCGAAAUAUGUGGGAAGACGGCUGCAAACGUGAGGGAUGAUGGGGAGGAGACGUCGAUAUUCAUGAUGGAGUGGAAUGAGAUGAUAGCGGUGGCGGCCAGCCUAGACGCUUCCCGGGAUAGCUCGCGGCGGUGCAAGCAAUCCUUCUGCAAUUUGCUGUUGGCGUGCUUGGUGCUGGCCUUCCUCCUGCUCUGGUUCUUCCGGGGGAUCAACAUAUGAUUAGCAGUGAUGAAUGGGCGUGAGCAUGGCACCAUAUUCUGAUCCAUGAUGCAAGAAUAUAGACUUUUUCAAGGCUCUAUGCAAUCAAGAUUGUCCUAGACUAGCUAUUACAUAGUCAAGGAAUAUUAUGUAACUAAUGAUAUAAAGAUCAAGAAUGGAAUUUUCUGUUCCAAUUCUUGUUGCA